AUGAACGACAGCAGCUCCAAGGCAUCAGGGGAGCCCCCUGUUUACACUCUAACCUCACGGCCAAACCCGAGACAUGAACAACAAAGCCAACAAGACUGCAAGGAAACUGCAAAGACUACUCAAUUCAAACAAGGACGGGCUAAAGAUAUCCCAAAGGAAGACGCUGUGGGUGUAGUCCUGCAUAAAAAGUGGACUUUAAAGACCGGUGGGUCAUCAAUCACUGAUGGGAAAACAGGUAAAAUGACAGCAAGACCUCAAUCAGUCAAUGCAGAAGAGCCAAUCAAGAGCUCUAUGUUUGAAAAGUGGGACAUGAUGGAUAGAGAUGAACAGAGGUCACUGGCUAAAUGCCAAGAAAGCAAAGAAAAUGGUACUUAUAGAUUGAUGAAGAAGAACACAAUGACCCAAGAGGAAGAGUUAAGAAUCAGGCAGAUCUUUUCGGUGCGAGCAAUCACCCAGAUAAUCACAGAGGGGGCAAGCAGUGAUUUAGACAAACUGCGUGCCAUCUGGAUCUGGCUUUGCCACUACAUUGAGUAUGAUGUGAAGGGCUAUCUGGGCCUCUCAGAGAAGGUUUGUCCUCCUGAACAGUUCAUUUUGUCUGGACGAGCUGUGUGCUCCGGUUACUCCGGCGUCUGUUUACAGAUGUGCAGGGAAGCUGGUAUUAAGUGCAGAGAGGUGUCGGGCUAUGGUAAAUGCGCUGGUUACCGACCGGGUCAGAGUUACCGUAACACUGAAUCCAACCACAGGUGGAAUGCAGUGUGUUUGGACGAACACUGGUACCUGUUGGAUGCCUGCUGGGGCGCUGGAUAUGUGGACCUAGACAACAGAACCUUUAUAAAGAGAUAUAAAGAGUUCUACUUCCUGACCGACCCUGAGAACUUCAUCAGCUCUCACUAUCCUAAUGAGGAGGAGUGGCAGCUGUUGGAAAGCCCCAUUGGGCUUGAAGAGUUUGAGAAGAGGGUGCUGAAAAGUUCUGACUUCUACAGACUAAACUUAACCCUCAUUGACCCAAAGCACAUCCUUAUAGUUACAGAGAACGGCGAGGCGGCGGUAUUGAUGAGUUUCCCUCAGCUCGUCGAUUUCACCUAUAAGAUUUCCCAGCCCAACGGCAAUGAACUACAACAGCUGAGCAACUCCAUUGGCUUUCUUACCAGCAUGCAGCACAGCAUGACACUUCGCCUCAUGCCCCCAAAGUCUGGCACGUAUGAGCUCAGCCUUUUUGCUCGACCUGGAAGCACAUCCAAAACAUUUGACUGGAUCUGUUCCUUCCAGCUGGAAUGUCCAUCACCCAGGACCUCAGAAGAGCUGCCCGAGAAUCCCCAUGUGUGCUGGGGCCUGCAACCAGAUGCGACGAGUUUAGGACUCGAGCCUUGCAAUUAUGGGAAUGACUUCAUUUUGCUAGAGUCUGGAUCCUUUAGGUUAGUCUUAAAGACUACUAGACCACUUAUGAUGUUGUGUGAACUGAGCCAUAAGAACCUGGAUAAGACUUUAGCCGAGAAGUGCUUGGCCAUUCAGACUGAGCCAGACCAACUGACAUGUAACGUCCUCUGUCCUUACUACGGUUACUACCGUUUGUCUGUGUUCGUAAGGGACUGGGCGAAUGAAGCAGACAGCUUCGAGAAUGCAGGCAACGUUCUUCUUAACUACACAGCUGGUGCCGUCAGCCUGAAUGAGCUUUUUCCCAGUGGCCUUAGCAGUUCCUGCGGUCCUGGUAUCAAGUCUCUGGAGGCCGGCCUCUUCGAGUUCAGCCAUACAGAAGCUCUGGUUUAUACACAGCAAGGAAAGUGCAACAUCACCUUCCAAAACCCUCAAGAUAUAGAUCUCCACUGCGUUUUAACUAAAGAACAGUGCGAUCAACCAGCAAGUCAAACCAUAAGCAUCAACCUACCUGAGUCUGGAGUCUACAAGCUUGGUCUCUAUGGAAAAGCAUCCUUCAAACAAGAAUUCCCCUACCUGUGUGAUUACAUCCUGAAGAACGCCUCAGUGAAUAAGUGGCCUCCAUUUCCAUGCAUGUACAACACCUGGAAGAAGGGCAGUGUGCUGUUUGAACCUCAUGCGGGGCAGCUAGAGGCCUCGUCCUGGGUGAAAUUUCGUGUACGUGUCCCAGGGGCCCGAGGAGUGAGUGUGCAAGGAGAUCAGAAAGUGGAUCUCCAGCUCAGUAAGAGCGGGGUUUGGGAAGGGAAGGCGUUUACAGGCAGAGGACCAAAGCUCGACCUUGCUGCCAGCCUGAGCGAGACCUCCAAUAGGACGACCAUCCUGAUGUCCUUCAGUGUGCUGGAGCCAUAA